AUGGCGCCACAGUGCACAGCGCUGUUGCUGGCGAUGUCGCAUGGAAUUACGAUGAUGGCGCACAAAAUUGUUUUAUUGGUAGUUCUACAAUUCCUGCUUCUUGUCAGCAGCUCUGAGGCUGAAGAGUUAAUUGAAGUGCUGGAUGAGCUGAAUGCUCGCCUAGGAUUUGCCACCAAUAUCAUCUACAAUCCAGAGCUGAAGGAACUAGAGUAUCUGCAGAAGAUACAACCCGUUUCCCAGAUCAUCAUAAGCUCCCUAAACGAGUCCAAUUUUAAUGGCAACGAAUUGAUGCAGUUCAUCAAUGUGAAAGUACUUUUUGUGCUCAUCGUUAAGGAUCCUCCCAUGGAGCUGUUCCAAAAACUCAAUCUGCAUUUUGAUAACGCCGACUUUCUGCUGGUGAUCGAGCAAGAAGAAUUGAAUGAAAUUUGGUUGCGGUUCGUCUACGAUGCCUGGCAGUUGGGGUACAUCAAAUUGCUGUUGUGGCAUGCCACAAUCCUCUAUGAGAAGCAGCUGUUUCCCGAGUUGCAACUUCAACCGAGCAGCGUGCCACGUUAUGCUGUCACACGAGGAAGCAUCAACAAUAUGCAUGGACACGAGAUACGUGUGGCAAUCUACUCCAAUCCUCCACGAUGCAUGUUGUACAAGAAUAAAUAUGGCGAACAGAUCUAUGGAGGAUUUUACAUGCGCUUCAUUCGACACUUUGUGAGAUCGAAGAAUGCAACCUUUGUGCCCGUUCAAACGACCAGUUACUCGGCUGGACAUUGCAAACGGGCAUUGGCAUCGAAUCACGUGGAUCUCUGUGCGGAUGUGCUCGCCGAGGAAUCGACCAAGUCAUUCAAAGUGACGAAGCCCCUUAAAUUGGCCUAUGCCAAUAUUAUGGUACCCAAUGCCAAGCCCUUGGGAUCGUACCGUUAUCUGGCAGCACCGUUUCAUACAACUCUAUGGAUUUGCCUCAUUGUCUACAUUUUAUUCAUCGUUUUCUUCAUGAGUUGCAUCCACUGGCAGCAGCAACGUCGCUGGAUCUUCAGCAAGUUUCUACUGGAGGCGAUCAGUUCGUUGCUUUUCGCUGGAUUCUCCUUGAAGGAUCUGCGUGGCAGGGAGAGUUACAUUCUCUUUGUGGUGCUCUUUAUAGCUGGCUUUAUCUUUUCCACAUUCUAUUUGGGCUACCUCAAGAGCUUGUUGACCACGGAGGUCUUUGAACCGCAAAUCAACAGUUUCGAGCAACUGGUUGAGGCUAACAUCAGUCUGAUCAUUGAUGAAUACGAUCGGAACCUAACCAAUAGAUAUCACAUGCCGGAUAUACUCUGGAAGAUCAUCAAGGUGGUACCCGAUGAGAUGUUGAAGCGGCAUCGUAAUGACUUUAACCAAGAUUACGCCUACAUGCUCUUCACUGAUCGCAUGGAUCUCUUCGACUUUGCCCAGAAGUAUCUGAAGCAUCCCCACUUACGACACAUCCCCAUCAACAUCAUCUUUCUGUUCGCCGGCUUUCCGAUGCGAAAUUCGUGGUUCCUCAAGCACGACAUGAGCCAGGCCUGGUCCAAUGCCUUUGCCAGUGGACUCGUCCAGAAGCUGACUUUGGAUGCCUACUAUGAGACGACGACAUCGAGCGUGGGCUUCCUUAAAUUCCUCAUCACCGAGUACUAUGAGGCGCAACCACUUGGACUCGAUUAUUUCGUCAUGCCGGCCAUGUCUCUGGGCCUUGGUUAUGCUUUUGCCUUUAUCACUUUUGUCAUCGAGUUGACGGGUUGGCGCACAUUACGUACAUCUCCCGACGUUGAUUGA